AUGGAGCGUCGUCCAGCUUCCUUCGGCUUCCUUGUCAGCCAAAUCUUUCUACUCCUCGCUGCGCUACCCCUGGUGGCAUCGGCACGCCUGGAGUCGACUGGCAUUUCCGUAAAGCUCAACCAGGUUGACUACUAUAUCUCGCCUUUCUCCGCCGCCAAUGUCACCGUAGGCCUCGACGAGCUCAAAGAUGUGCCCGCCGUCUUUGGCUUCAAGCCUGUGACCGUGGUGGGCACGCCGACCGUCAAGUCGGAUCUGGCGGCUCUGUUCAAGAACUGGACAUCAACCGACGAUGUCUUCAACAGGGGCUUCAUCGGCGCCGUUUUCCUGGCUGGAGCCGAUGCUGUCUCGAAGCAGACCAUUUUCAACUGCUCCACGUCAGGAUCAGUCAUAUUGCCCCUUGACGCAUACCCAGGAAGCACCGUGCCUUCCGGGCCAUACUUCCUCGAGGCCGCAACCGGGCGACUGUUCCCCGUCUACAGGCUCUAUGUCGACUUUGCGGGCGCCUUCUCCACGUCUCUACUGCAGCGCCCAGACGGUAGCUUUCAGGCGCUGUCAGCCCAAGUUCAGUCGUCAUCAUCCCUGACCAUCGGGGUGCCCAGCCGGCUCUACUACACUCGGACGGUCGACAAACCGCUUGCGGGUGUACGAAUUGGAGUCAAGGAUAUCUUUGCCCUCAAGGGCGUCAAGCAGUCGAAUGGCAACAGGGCCUGGUACCAGCUGUACCCUGCCGCGGAGCAGACGGCACCGGCCAUGCAGAGACUCAUCGACGCCGGGGCCGUCAUGAUCGGCUUGCAAAAGCCGAGCCAGUUCGCCAACGGAGAGAGCCCCACGGCCGACUGGGUCGACUACCACGCGCCGUACAACCCGCGCGGCGACGGCUACCAAGACCCGAGCUCGUCAUCUUCCGGCGCCGGAGCAUCAGUGGCGAGCUACGACUGGCUUGACAUUGCCAUCGGGUCGGACACUGGUGGCUCCAUCCGUGGGCCUGCCGGCGUGGGCGGCGUUUUCGGAAACCGCCCCAGCCACGGGUUGGUCACGCUCGACGGUGCGAUGCCGCUGUCCCCUUCGCUCGACACGGUCGGUUUCCUACUGCGGGAUCCUCACCUAUGGGAUGUUGCCAACGAUGUAAUCUUUUCGGGCAACUACACUUCGGUUGCCAAGGCGAGCUACCCAAAGCGCAUCCGUACCGUGGGGUUCCCGGCCGCCAACGCGACGGAACCUUGGGCAGUGCUGUUGAAUGGGUUUGUUCAGAAGUUGGCGGGCUUCAUCGGAAGUGACAGCAGUGUUGAGCCGAUGGUUCUCAGCAACGAGUGGAUGAGCUCUGGUCCGGCCGGUGCCAAUGGGUCUUCGUUGGAUGAGAUGCUGAGGGCCAGCUACGCUGUGCUCAUCGCCAAGCACCAAACGGAGCUGGUUCGGGAUCCUUUCUACAAGGACUAUGCCGCUGCCUUUGACGGUCGCAAACCUUUUGUCAACCCGGCUCCCCUCGCGCGCUGGGCAUAUGGCGAUAGCCUGCCCGUCACCGCCCUCUCCGACGCCCUCCGUAACAAGACAAUCUUCAAGGAUUGGUUCAACGAUUUGGUUCUUCCCCGAGUGUCCGAUGAGGCGCAGUGCACGUCAUCGAUUGUUCUGUAUCCCAGCUCCAUCGGCUCCGGGCAGUCGUACCGCAACCGAUACUCGGGCCCGCCCUCUGUGCCGUUGGGCUUUUCGACCAGCCGCGUCAGCGUGUUCGCCGAGGUCCCCGACAGUGUCUUCCCUCUAGGUGAAGUGGUUGCAAGAAGCAACAUUACUGGCCAUGAUGAGCUGUAUCCAGUCGGCGUGGAUGUGCUUGUGGCCAAGGGGUGUGAUGGGCUGCUGGCCAGACUGGCGGCGGAUCUGACAGAUGCUGGGGUACUGAAGGUUCCGAAGGUUGGCAGAACCAUGGAGGGCGGCGUGCCUGCCAUGAGGUAG